AGACAAAACUGUUUUGCUGGCUUCUGCAUCCUUUCUUGAAGAAAGAUUUUUAGUUUCUCUCGAGGAACUCUCGCCAUCGCUUUUUGAAGGGAUUCGCCAUUCAAACUCCUCUGAUCGCCGAUGAUUCGAACAUUUCUUCCCUCUGAUGCGCGCUUCGAUCCACCUUUCUUUUAUUUAGGGGUUCCGUCGAAUUAGAUUUCUUAAGUUGGAACCAUCACUUUGAUUCUUUAAGAUAUUCUUACUAUGCAGGUUUUUAAAGGAAAAUAAGUUGUUUGUUCGGUUCUGGAGUCUUUUGUGGUACCAAUGUAUAUCAGUCAUGGCAUCUGCUAUUUUCUCUUACCUGAAAAACGUAUGGCCAUUUUCGCUGAUGAAAGAUGAUGACCUGAAAGCUUCAAAUAAAUUAGUCAAUAGGCUUGCAAUUCCAGAAGAAACAAAGCAAUUUGUCUUUGCUAUCCGUGAUUCUGAUUCUCAUGUAGUCGUAUAUAUUUUGGCUGCUCAAAACUUAUCUGAACAAUCUGCCAUUGAUGCUGAUCGUCUAAUCAAGGAAGUUCGGCCUAAUGCUGUAGUGGUUUCAGUUGCUCCAUCAGCUCUGCCUGAUAUUCAGGUUGAGGAGAAAUGCUCAAGUGAAAACAAUGUUAAUCAUAUUCCUACUUCUUCAUUUGGAGUCCUUAAAAGAUGUCUAUUUGAAAAGAUAAAAAAGGAGCAGUAUGAUAGCUUUGCUGGGUGCCAGGUCUUGCAGGCAAUUUUUGGGAUUGGCUUCUAUGGACAUUUCUUGUCUGCCAAGAGAGCUGCAGAGAAUGUUGAUUCCCAUUUCCUCUUACUUGAAUCACCAUAUGAGAAUUCAGGCUCUGAUGCCUCAACUUGUUCAGAGUCUGGCAAUGAGAGCUCCCCUAGAUUACAUCUACAAACAAAUAGUUUGCUUCCUGGGAAGGUAACUUCAUCUGUGAGCCCGAGUUCUAAGAGGUUUUUUGUUUCUGAUCCUCUUCAAUCAGACAUGGUGAAAUCAUUAAUUCCUUCUCUUGAUUUGUUAGUUUCAAAUUUAAUUGUCGACCCAAUUGCCCAACAAGACCAAGAAGGCAGUCUGAGUUCCAAUUACCAGGUUCCACCAUUUGCUGAAUCAGUUUACUCCUUGCUAGUUGAUCUGCAUCACAUAUUUAAAGACCUUCCAGCCAUUGGAAAAGCAUUGUCUUCAGCACAGAAAAUGCUUGUUGAUGUAAACGAAGGAGAAACAGUUGAUACCAAAACCUUAUCAAAUGCACAGAACUUCAGAAUCGCCAUUGAAGGCUUGAGAAUAGCAUUAAACAAAGCCGCCCAAAAACCAAUUACUGAACAGAAUACAACCAAUUCUAAAGUUGCAGACUUCUAUGAUCUUUCUACUGAAGAUAAAUGUCAUGUUCUCUUUGCUCAAGCACUAAAGAAACAAGCGGGAAAUUUUGGAGCAGUUGUGGCUAUAGUUGAUGCUGCCAGCGUUGCCGGUCUUCGUAGGCAUUGGAACACAUUGGUACCGCCGGAGGUUGCUGACUUGGCUAAUCACUGUGUAAUGCAUUACUGUGAUGAUCUUGAUAACGGUGACGAAAUUCCAAUCGAAAACCAUGAGACAAAGAAAAAAUUGAAAGAUAAACCUGUUGUUGCAAUUAGCGCCGGAGCUACCGCUCUUCUCGGAGUAACCUCUUUUUCAAAAGUAAUGCCUGCUUCCUCACUUGUCAAAGCUGCUACAGUUCAUGUAUCUUCUUCUUUCAAGUUCGGAUUACUACAAAUCCAAAGAAAAGUUGCUUUUGGACUCAGCAAAAUAAUCUUUCCAUCAAAACUAUUAGCUCCCGGGCUUUCUACAGGAACCAAGCUAGCUGCUUCAGCUGAAAAGAUUCGAGCUGUGACACACAGCAUGAUUGCUACAGCAGAAAGAACAAGUUUGUUUGCCAUCAGGACUUCAUUUUAUGAAAUAAUGAGGAAGAGAAAUGUGAGGCCAGUUGGAUGUGCUCCUUGGGUUAGCUUUGGCUGUAGCAUGGGUGCUUGUGCAGGGCUUAUAGCUUAUGGAGAUGGGAUCGAAUGUGCGGCCGAAUCCUUCCCUUCUGUUUCCACCAUUGCUUCCAUAGGUCGUGGCCUGCAGAGCUUGAAGCAAGCAUCUCAACAAGUGCAGGCGACCAGUGGCGUGAAGGUACAUGAAGCUUUACAAUACUUUCUGCACAAUGUAAAGAGAAGUUGAAUUUGAUGAAUCUGUGAAAAUAUGUGAAUAUUUGUUUGCGAUAUGAAUUCAGAUGCACAGAAUCAAAGAUUUUGCGUCUCUUUUUUUGUU